CACAUCGUCACCUUACCCCAUCCCCCCCUUGGUCAUCCUUUCUUCUCACUCACACCCUCUCCUAAGUCUCCUCCUCCAGCCUCAGCCUCGAUCCGUCCAUUCGACACCACUAGUGACACCAGCCAUUUCUUCCCAUUAGCUCGGCCCAGCUCAGCUCAGCUCAGCUCAGCUAGCCCGGUACUCAAAGUCGCAUUUAUUCAAAAGGGCGCUCCGUCGCGCCUUGCCCGUUCGCUUCUUGUUGUCUUGACUAUUGAACCUCCAACUCACUGACAGCGUGAUGCCCCUUAACGACGAUCGAUACCUUUUUUUCUCAAGCCCCGAAUUCUUGGAUACAUAGCGAUAUAGAGACGGUUCCCUUGACGAAAACGACGACAAUCACAGCGAGACAUCGCAGCAAUUCACCCUAAAAGCUCUACUACGCAGACGAACAAUUGCAGGACGCUCGCCAACAACCUGCUCACAGAACCACGGAAAAGAGUGUGCUCUUCAAGGAGGCGGUCCCUUUGCCAACACUCUGCCUCUGUAACCACGAUAUCAGACCGACAUCGAUACUAAGCUCAUCGGCACGAAGUCAUUCACCCCGCAUCAGAGCAAUAUCACAACCAUGGCGCCGUCACGGAGGAAAGCCUUGGCCCUCCUGAGCAUCCUGCUCUCUGCGACCCCGACCCUCGCCAAGUUUGAGAACAACUUCGACCUCUACCCGGCAGCGGCGCAGCCCUGCCUGUACGCCGCCUCCGACGCCAGCCAGUGCGACGGCGACAGCAACGCCACGAUGAACCAGUGCCUCUGCAGCGACUCCAAGGGCAAGUUCGUCACCAACACGGCCACGUGCCUCGGGAGGGAGGCCAAGGACACCCUGCGCACCGUCUACCAGUCCAUGAGCACCGCCUGCUCCGACUCCAAGACGCCCAUCCCCAUCACCGAGGACCAGUUCCUCGCCCUCGGCGCCAGUGGCGCCACCGCCUCCUCCCUCGCCGUCACGCCCUCGGGGACCUCGACGUCGUCGUCGUCCGCCGCGCCGACCGGUUUCCUCACGACCACCACCACGGGCGGCGCCACCGUCACCGUCACGACUUCGCCGACGGCGACCCCGACCGCAGAGCCUGAGGAUUCUGGCCUCAGCACCACGGCCAAGAUCGGUGUGGGCGUCGGCGCCGGCGUCGGCGCCAUCGCCCUCGUCGGCCUCGUCGUCUACAUCUGGCGCAUCAAGCGGAGCCGCGACGCCCACGACGAGUCCCACCGCCCCAUGCUCGGCGGUGGCCGGAACCCGCAUCACGGCCCCUUUACCGAGUACACUCCACCCACGAGCGUUUCCGUCGUCGGCGACGGCGCGGUGUUCGGCGCCGCGUACGCCGGUGGCGCCACGGAGUACAAAAACGAGAACAAGCAGCAGGGGUGGAGGCCCGCGUCCGAGGUCUCGCAGAGCCCGGGCACCGGCACGCAGACGUGGGCGACGGGCUCGCCGCUGCCGGCGUACACGCAGUCCCAGCAGCAGCAGCAACACGGCUGGGGACACCAUCCUCAGGCUUCUUACGUGCCGCCUCCGCAACAGCAGCAGCAGCAGCAGAAACAGGCCGUUCGGAAUGACGGGGUGUUUGAGCUCGCGUCGAUGCCCGUGUCCGUCGCGGAGAUGCCGGCGACGGAGGUGCAGCUGACCCAGGCGAGAUACCAGUAUCCCCCUCAGAGAUAAGCGAGGAAACAAGUGGGCGUAUAAUAGGGGAUUUGGUAAUGUUGUUAUUGGGUGGGAGUUAUGGGAGAUGUUGGCUGUUACGAUACCUCGGGUGGCGUUUACAUGGACGGAGGGUUGGCGUUCCGGACGAGAGCCGAGAACGUAUAGAACACUGGGACACUAGGAAAAGUAAUACC